AUGUCGUCCCAGCAGCAACCUCGCCCUCUCUCUCACCUUUCGCCUGUUCCGGCUGACAAACUCUUUGCCCUGUACGACAAUAAGAAGAAGACACUGAGCCUAAGUGCUGAGGGCAAGGCUGUUCACAUCACCACGGACAUUCAAUUCAAGCGACUUCCUUUCCUUGGAGGUCUCCUUUUCGAACUCCAGGGAUGGGUUGGUCCAGUUACCCAAGGCGACCAGCCGUACUCCAUCACCGACUCUUUUGAUGUCGACCUUCCUAGCCCUGCUCUCCCUUCGGGCAACGUCGUUGUCAGAACCGCCAACAACAAGCGAUGGGUUGUCGAGAUUGAGGGCCUCGGCUUGAAGAAGACACAGCCUUCAUCCAACGAUGCUGUCGACCUGCAAGUCCCCGAGACUCGGCUUGUCCCUCCCCCGGAGCCCAUCAUCACCGGCCUUGGUCAGACCUUCACCAUCAAGCAAGCCGAUAAGUUCACCGGCGAGGGCGGCAGCGUGAGCAUCUCCUUCAACGAUGACUUCGUCUCUCUGAAGGACGCCGGUAUCCAAGACAGCAACAAAAUCCAGUGGGCCUUCACAUCUCACCAGACUGGAAACACGGAGGUGGUCGUGUUCGUGGGCCAGACCAACCCUCCCUUCGUGUAUCGCAUUCCGUAUCACGUCACCAUCGUGCCCUCCAACGAGGCUUCUAACACCAACCUCAAGGCCUCAGCCCUUUUCUCAGUCGCCGAGGUUCCUGCCAACGGCACCAACGGCAGCACCAACGGAGCUCAGAAGAACGGUGCCGAGGCUGUUGGCCUUCCCUUGUCCUGGGAUGGGGUUGUCAACGUCGGCCUCAAUCUGAUCAAGAAGCAGUACCCCGAUGCCGUGCUCUAUGUGGUCGAAGCCAAGCCUGCCACCACCAAGCCCGUUCUGAAUGAGUGGGGUCUCUCCAAGAUCCGCAUCAUCACCCGAAUUGGCGGCAACAAGACUGCCAUCAUCCAAUCGACCGGAUGGGGUCAGUUCGGUCAAAUCGAGGUCCUCCCUCACCCCCUCUUGGGAAAUUCCUCCAUCCCUUGGCCUUUGUCCUUGGACAUCCACGAGGCGUUUGCAAUCCUUCGCAAAGCAGGGUACCAGGAGUCGGUUUACGGUGUUGUGUUGCGUCAGCCUGUGACCGCCACCGCCGACCAGCCGUUCUAUAUCUUCAACAUCGGAAACCAGUCCAUUGCCGUCGGUGUCGAUGACCGCAAGGUUCAAGACUUCGGCCCUACCGGACAAGAGACUCAGCAGUCCUAA